AUGGGUCAACGGGAACGAUGGCUCGGAUUGGUCAAGGUCGCGAAGGCGUCGCCACCCGUCUUGGCCACCACCCGUCACCUCGGAGCUUUCUCUGGCAUCACCAGUCCUUGCGUUUACCAUUCCUCCUCUCCCAAAAAGGUUUUCCUUACCCUUCGCCAGUCCUUCGCUGUCGUCCUCGCUCUUGUCUCGGGCACUCUUGCCAAAGAUUGGGAGAGCCCCGAGUAUAAGUGGCUUUACGAGUUCCCUCUUCCCAUCCCCCCUCCAAAGACGGAGAAAUUCCAACCGAUCAUCGACCCCGUGACUGGAAAGAAGAUUAGAUACUACGAGAUUGAAAUCAAGGAGUUCACCGCUCAGGUUUAUCCUAACCUCGGACCCGCCAAAUUGGUCGGCUACCAUGGUAUCUCGCCAGGUCCAACGUUCCUAAUGGAGCGUGGCGAGGAGGCAGUUGUCCGCUUCACUAACCAUGCCAAGUUGGCAAACUCCGUUCAUUCUCACUGCUCGCCUUCCGACGGCUCUUUGUACUCCCCGGCCAAAGAAGAAGCCAGUCUCUACGGAGAUGUUAUCCACGUCAACGGACAGCUAAGGCCCUACCUUAGGGUCGAGCCGCGCAAGUACCGCUUCCGUCUCCUCGAUGCCUCAAUUUCCCGCACUUUCUUCCUUUACCUGGAGGAUAUUCAGCAUAACAGAGUUCGUUUUGAUGUCAUCUCCUCUGACGCCGGCCUCCUCACUGGUCCCCAGAGUGUGACGGAGCUCUACAUAUCCAUGGCUGAACGUUACGAGAUCGUCCUCGACUUCUCUUUUUCCAAGGGCCAGAACAUUACCAUGCACAACACCAGAAGCUUCGCCGCAGACAUUGAUUACCUCCACACCGACAAGGUCAUGCACUUCGUUGCUGGCGACAACACAGUCAGCGAUACGACGUCAGUCCCCUCGGCCCUCCGCACGGUGCCCUUCCCUAAGGACAAGGCAGGAAUCGACCAGCACUUUCGCUUCGAGCGCCAAGGCGGCUCCUGGCGCAUCAACGGUGUCACCUUUGCCGAUGUCAACAACCGCGUGCUCGCCAGGCCGAAGCGUGGCACCAUUGAGGUCUGGGAGCUCGAGAACAGCUCCGGCGGCUGGAGCCACCCAAUCCACAUCCACCUCGUCGACUGCCGCGUCGUCAAGCGCGUCAACGGCCGCAGCAACGUCGUGUUCCCGUACGAGUCACAGGGCCUCAAGGACGUUGUCUGCCUCGGCCCGGGCGAGACCGUCACCGUUGAGGUGCGCUACGCUCCCUGGCCCGGCGUGUACAUGUUCCACUUCCACAACCUGAUCCACGAAGACCAUGAGAUGAUGGCCGCAUUCAACGUGUCUGUCCUCGCGGACCUGGGAUACUACGAGACGCAGCUCGCGGAUCCCGAGUGGCGAGCCAAGACGGAGGAUCCCGCUGCCUACGUCUUCAACGCGGUCAAGUCGCGCAUCGAGUACAUGGCCAAGUUCCAGCCUUACAACAAUGUCGAAGAGGUUGAGAGCAGGCUGGACGCCUACUGGGCCACCAAGACUAACGCCCCGUCUACAAGCUCGACGGCCUCAACGCUGAUUGUCAGCACCACGCCUACAUCCACUCCUGUCAGCCCGACCAUCACUGCCAAGCCUACCACGACGAGCAUGUCGGACGACGACAAGAAGAAGGACGACGACAAGAAAAAUGUAUCCACCACCACUACGAUGAAAAAGAAGCGCGGCAUGCGCGCUCGCCGGGUUGACAUGGAGAUGCCCAAGCGCACCACGGCGGCUUUUCGAUUGAUUCAUAUUUGA